AUGUCUGCAGGCGUGAUGGGCGGUUCAGGCGUGGGCGUGGGCGGUGGCGGGCCGAUGCCGUCUCCUUUGUCGGGGCUGGGCGCGCUGGGCGCGUGUGGCGGCAGCCCUUCGCCCUCGGCGCCGCAGACGCAUCUGCAGCACCACGCGCCGCCACAAAGAGGCGUAGGCAUGGGCAUGGUGGCGUCCCCUUCAUCUUCCCUAAACACACCCGUAGGGGCAGGCGUGGCUUCCCCAGGGGGGGAGGAGGCAGCUUACCGGGAGAAGGUCAGACAGCUGUCGAAAUACAUCGAGCCGUUAAGGAAGAUGAUACAUCGGAUGGCUAGCGAGGGGGAGA